UUGAAUAUGGCAAAUAUAUUCAUUGCUGUUUAUCAACUAGCAUUACAUAUAUUUUACUAUCUCCAGUCACAAAUUCUUUUUUUGGGACAUGUGUGGUCAAACUUUUAAAACUUUGAAUAUUAACAUUUUUUAAAUAUUUAUAUUGAACACGAAAUAUCAUAUGUAUAUAUUUGUCUCAGAAGUACUUUUACAGUAUCAUAAUUUGAUUGUUUUUAAAAUAUAGUACAAAAGAAAUUGGUGAUCAAAGUUGCUUCUUGAAGGCCAUGUUACUGUCUAAAAUAAAAUGACAUUCAUUUCUGACCGGAGUGAGCAUUAACUAAUUAGUUCCUUCCCAGAUGAGCAUACAAAGCAUGAUCCUUUGGCAUGAUAGGCAUGUUUAGUUCUCCUGUCCACUCAAGCAGUUGCUCAUCUGUCAUAUGUAGAAUUUGCUUUAUCAGGCAAGCUUGCACACAUAGUUUUAUGAGCUUCCUUUCUCUUUCACUUAUUAUCCACCACAUAGCCCCAGGUAAAAUAAUAGAAAUAAUCCAAGUGAUUAUUGCAUUUGUCUAGAAAAUACACUCUUUUUACAUUAUUGAAGUAAAGCAACCAAACCAAAAUGCUUGAUGGGCAAGGUUAUCCUUUGCAUAUAUCCAAGUGAUGCACUGGAUCUGUUCAACUAUCAUCAAUUUCCCCGAUCCAGGAAGCUAGGAUCUUGUUAUCGUAAGUGACAACUGACAAAGCUUUUCUACUGCAAGAUAUUAAUGGGUGUAGUCAUUUCCCUCAACUUGGUAGGUUGAUAAUCCGGGAAUGCUGUACCGGAGGUAGACAUGCCUCCCAGCAUUUCAGUAACCCGCCUAGUAUCGAACGUACCAAAUCACUUCUUAUGAACGGGAGUAAUUUGUUGGCUUGUUGGGAUUUCAAUCCCUGUUGGUUUGUUGGGCUUUACAUUUUUGCAGAUGUCUGUUGGAUUGUGGAUCAAAUCAUUACCCUAUUGUGUAAUUUGUUCUUUGGACUUUCGCCACAACAUCCAUUUGUGUGCCAUAUACAAUUCGCAUAAUCCAAGUUGUGGUUAACAAAUAGAAUGGUGACAUGCCAAUAAUAGUCAGUGCCCGUUGAGAUCUAAUCCCUAGUUGUUUCUUCAUGCUCACCCUAACACGACCUCGAAAGCUUCAGGAUUAAGAGAAGAGGUCUUCAUCUCGAGGAUCUUUGAACUGGGAAUAUACUGAAUAUUCCAACUGCAUCUCCCAUGGGGCCGAUCUUCAUAGCCGGAUCCCAGUUGCAUUUCCCGGCUGUUACCUGCUUAGGCCUGGACGUAAAACUGCAGCUCAGCCUUUAAAUUGUUCAAUUCAUAUUUUGGAUGUUUUCCACAAUUCAUUACAAUAUUUUCAUUUCCUCCAACUAUUACAUCUUGCUGAACAAAAUGUCCCAAAAAUUGGAGGAAGAAAACUAUGAUCCACCAGCCAGAGUUGGCCGGUUUGGCCCGGAAAGCGGCUACGGUUCCCUACUGCACGUCGGUUCAAGCGCGCGUCACGACUCACGAGUCCGCCUCUAAGCUCUCGCCCAAUCAUAGUUAAGCUCCACCUGCAUUACAUUAGCCCACAAAUCACAAUCUCGGCCAGGGGCCCAGGGCUAUUAAACGCCCAUUACCAGCUAGCCAACUAGCCACUUCGCGCUCCAUUGCUCACGUAGUCACGUACUCUUUGCAGUUGCAAGCGUCUUCAAACAAAGCUAGAACCAAUGCACUUGGCGUCCACCAGGAUGGCGUCGCCACCGGAGCCCGGGCCGUACAUGCCCGACCUCCCGGCGGUGCCGGCGUGGCUGAACAAGGGCGACAAUGCGUGGCAGCUGGUGGCGGCAACGUUCGUCGGCCUCCAGUCCAUGCCGGGGCUGGUCGUGCUCUACGGCAGCAUCGUCAAGAAGAAAUGGGCCGUCAACUCCGCUUUCAUGGCGAUCUACGCCUAUGCGUCCACGCUCAUCGUCUGGGUGCUCGUCGGCUUCCGCAUGGCGUUCGGCGACCGGCUGCUCCCGUUCUGGGCCAAGGCGGGACCCGCGCUGACGCAGGACUUCCUGGUGCGCCGCGCCGCGUUCCCGGCCACGGCGCACUACGGCCGCGGAGGCGUCCUCGAGACGCCGCGCACCAAUCCGUUCUACGCGGAGGCGUCACUGGUGCUGUUCGAGUUCGAGUUCGCGGCCAUCACGCUGGUGCUGCUCGCCGGGUCGCUCCUCGGGCGCAUGAACAUCAAGGCGUGGAUGGCGUUCACGCCGCUGUGGCUGCUCUUCUCCUACACCGUCGGCGCGUUCAGCCUCUGGGGCGGCGGCUUCCUCUACCAGUGGGGUGUCAUUGAUUACUCCGGCGGAUACGUCAUCCACCUCUCCUCCGGCAUUGCAGGCUUCACCGCCGCAUACUGGGUGGGCCCGAGGCUGAAGAGUGACAGGGAGAGGUUCUCGCCAAACAACAUCCUGCUCAUGAUCGCCGGCGGUGGGCUGCUGUGGCUUGGCUGGGCCGGGUUCAACGGUGGCGCGCCGUACGCCCCCAACAUAACCGCGUCCGUCGCGGUGCUCAACACCAAUGUCAGCGCCGCGGCGAGCCUCUUGACCUGGACCUGCCUCGACGUCAUCUUCUUUGGCAAGCCCUCCGUGAUCGGCGCGGUGCAGGGCAUGAUGACCGGGCUUGUUUGCAUCACGCCCGGCGCAGGGCUGGUGCACACGUGGUCGGCAAUGUUGAUGGGCGUGUGCGCGGGUAGUGUCCCGUGGUUCACGAUGAUGAUCCUGCACAAGAAAUCCUCCUUCCUCAUGAAGGUCGACGACACCCUCGCCGUGUUCCACACCCACGCCGUCGCGGGUGUGCUCGGGGGCGUUCUCACGGGCCUUCUCGCCACCCCGGAGCUCUGCACCCUCGAAUCUCCCAUCCCGGGCAUGCGCGGCGUCUUCUACGGUGGCGGCAUCGGGCAGAUCGGCAAGCAGCUCGGAGGCGCGCUCUUCUUCACCAUCUGGAAUCUUGUGGUCACCAGCGCUAUCCUCCUGUGCAUCCGCCUCUUCAUCCCGCUCCGCAUGCCCGAGGAUCAGCUCAUGAUCGGCGACGACGCGGCGCACGGCGAGGAGGCCUACGCGCUCUGGGGUGACGGCGAGAAGUUUGACGUGAUGCGCCCGGAGACAACGAGGACUGGUGCCACUGCCAGCAUGACGAGGGAGGAUACAGUGGAGCAGCGGCUGACCAGCAUGGGUGCUAGAGGUGUCACCAUUCAGCUGUAGCUAAUUCCGUUGCCUGAUUGGUCUUGGGCUUUCUGAUCUACGACACUUGAUAUUUCUUUGAUGCUUAGUGGUUGUUUAGUGUUUGCUAAUGUAUGUUGGAGUGAUUUCUGUUGCUGUUAACUGGACUAGUUGGUUAGAAAGGAACCGAGCUAUCAUCAAUGACCUUGAUCCUUUUGGCACACUGCCUUUUAAUUUCUAUUCUUUUACCAGCUUGGAUGUA